GUCCUUCGUUCCUGCAAGAAAACCUCUUCGAGACUUGCCUGCCUGUCUGUCUGUCUGUCUGUCUGUCUGUCUUUCUGUCUUUCUUUCACUCAACAAUCAACACGCCAGCCCGCAUGCGGCACUAGUCUGUUUUGCCCACUUCCCGAAGCAGAGAAUCACAUACCACACUGUACCACGCUUACAACCGUCCCUUCUACGCCUCGAAUCCUGUACCUGUGCCCUUUAUUUACCCACCUCGCACCUGUACCUGACCUGGCCCGAUCUGACCUGGAUUCCUGUAUACGCCCUCCACCCCUCUUGCGCCGCCUUCUGGCAAUUGUUUGCCCACCCUACCCACGAUGCUCUCUUUCAAGAAAGCCCUCGUGCUUUCACUCGCCUGUUUGACGCUUUUUUUCAUUUUCAAGGCACAGCACCACGGCAACACCGCGCCCAACUUCCGCAAUGCCAAAGACAUGCCCCGCCCGACUGCUUGGGUAAAUCCGGCCGAUAGGGAGAGCGCAAGAAAAAAGGCCGCAAAAGUUCAGGAGGAGCUGAAGAAGGCGAAAGCAGCACAGGCGAUCAAGGCAUCAGAAAAGAGCGACAAGUCUUUCAACACGCCAGAUUCCCCAGCCAAGCCGCCCAAGACACAGAUUGCCAUGGAUGUGCUGAGGAAGAAGCCGCUUAAAGAGCAGCUCGAGUACCAGUUCCCCUACGAUGUCGACACCAAGACUCCCGCCUACAUUUGGCAGACGUGGAAGACCACCCCCGCACAGGGCGAGUUCGAUGAGAUUUUCCGCGAGCCCGAGGCUAGUUGGAGUAUCCACCACCCCUCGUUUGUACACGAGGUCAUCACCGAUAACGUCGCCGUACACCUCAUCAGACACCUAUACGCCUCCAUUCCAGAAGUCAUUGAAGCCUACAACGCCCUCCCAGUCCCCGUUCUCAAGGCUGACUUUUUCCGUUAUCUGAUCCUCCUCGCCCGCGGCGGCAUCUACUCGGACAUUGACACGGCGGCCUUGAAGCCCGCGUCAGACUGGAUACCCUCGGAUGUGCCUGUAAGCUCCUACGGCAUGGUCAUUGGUAUCGAGGCCGACCCAGACCGCCCAGACUGGGCCGACUGGUACUCUCGUCGUAUCCAGUUCUGCCAAUGGACUAUCCAAUCCAAGCCCGGCCACCCUGUUCUUAUCGACGUUGUUGCCAACAUCACGCAAGAGACACUCAACCGCAAGCGCGAUGGAAAGCUUUCCAAGGACCACAAAGGAAUAAUCGAGUUUACUGGCCCUGCCGUAUGGACCGACUCCAUCUUCUCGUACUUCAACAACCCCGAAUAUUUUGAUAUGAGCACAAGCAAGGGCAACAUUACGUGGGAACACUUUACUGGAAUGAAGGCACCCAAAAAGGUCGGCGACGUUAUCGUCCUGCCCAUCACAAGCUUCAGCCCUGGUGUUAAGACUAUGGGAGCUGGCGAAGACGACGACCCGAUGGCUUUCGUGAAGCACAACUUUGAGGGUACAUGGAAGCCCGAAAGCCUGCGUCACAUUGGCGAAAUCUCAUAG